AUGAUAAGAUUGGCUUUGCUAUUUUUGUUGAUUAAUUUAACUGCGAGCAUAUCUAUUAAUGAAUAAUGUAAUUGUGAAUAACUAAAGUCUAAGGCGGAUUGUGUUUUAAGUAGUUGUAUAUGGAAAGAUGAAAAGUGUUUAAAAAAUGAGGGUGAAUAAAGUGAUCUAUCUGUAAGUGUACAUUGUGAUUCUUUGGGUAAGACUAGUUGCCAAUCUCAGAAAGGUUGUGCAUUUAAUAAUGAGGUUUGUGAGUAAUUUAGUGGAUGUUCUGCAUACACUUAAAGUUCAAAUGAUCUUUGCUAAUAAAUAUCUCAAUACUGCACUUCUGACGGAACUUAAUGCAUAGAGCCUUUGGAUUGUAGUGAUUAUAUUGAUUAAAUACUUUGCAAUUCUAAUAUUAACGCACAAGGUAGGAAAUGUAAAUGGGAAUAAAAGAAAUGUCGAGAUUUUAAUUGCACAGAAGCUAGUUCAACUCUAAAUAGUGAUAAUUAAUGUAACCUUUUUUAUCCUGGAUGUGUAACCAAUGGAAAAGGGUGUGUAGAUAAAAGAUAGGAAUGUUCAACCUAUGGGGAGUCAUGCAUAGGAAUGAUAGGAAGUGAUGGUUAUUGUGAGAAAACAGGUAGUGGAUGCAGUCCAGUGCUUUGUUCAGCAGCAUCAGUAGAGUUAACGACAAAUGAAUAAUGUGCGAAAUUUCAAUUUGGGUGUGUUACUACAGGAAGAGGAUGUUCAAAUGAUCCUUUGAAUAGUUGCAGUACUUAUACAGGUGAAGCUUUUGUUUGUUAGUAGAUGAUUGGAUCAGAGGGUAGAUGUGAUGGGGGUGUAUCUAAUUAAUGUUAGGAAAGAAAAUGUGAGAAUGCUAGUACAAUUUAUAAUACAGAUGAAUUGUGUUAGUAUUAUUUAAGUAGUUGUAUUACUAACGGGAGAGGAUGUGUAACUCAGUUGAAACUAUGUAAUACUUAUACAGGAACUGCUGAUGAAUGUAAUCAUUACAUUGGUAGUGAUGGAAAGUGCACUAUAGGAUUAAGUGGAUGUAAAGUUAGAGUUUGUAAUGAAGCACCAGAUACUUUUAAAUCAGAUACUGACUGCAAUGAUUACUAAUAUGGAUGUGUGACAACUGGUUUAGGUUGUAUUAAUAACAGAAUGCCUUGUAGUACUUACAGUGGAACAGCAAGCAGUUGUUAGAAAUUUAUAGGAGUAGAGGGAAAUUGUUAUGGUGUUGGAGAUAAAUUAGAUGCUUGUAAAGCUCAGAGUUGUUCUGAUGCUCCUGCCACAUACAUUAGUCACGAUUAAUGUUCUGGGUUUUAAAGUAUUUGUUUAACAAAUGGGAAGGGUUGUGUUGAGAAGACAGAGUGCACAUCAACAAUAGCAUAGAAAAGUUGUUUAGGCACAACUUCAUGUUAAUGGAAUUAGAUAUGUGUAACAUAAACGGAUUGCAAAUAUUAUAAUACUAUUAGUUUAUGCAGUAAUAAUUAAGUGAAUGGGAUAUAAUGUUAAUGGGCAAAUGGAAUAUGUAGAUAUAGACUUUGUAGUGAUGCUCCUAAAUCAUAUAAUACAGAUGAGAAUUGCAAAGCCUUCUUAGAGAAUUGUGUAACAAAUUCAUUUGGAUGUAUAUCAGUAUUUGCCUAAUGUAAUUAAUAUACUGGGAAUUAAGAUACUUGCAUCAAUUUUAGAGGGAAUGGAAUCAAAUGUACAAGUACAAGUCUCAUUGAUGCUGCAUGCAUAGAUGUGACAUGUGUGAGUAAUACAACAGCAACGAAUCAAAUUCAAUGUGAUGAUCAUAUGACUGGAUGCUAAUUCUAAGGAAAUAGUGGGUGUGUUGAUAGAUCAGCUGAGUGUAGCAAAUAUUAUGGAAACUAAUAAAGUUGUCAUACUUACAAGGGUGUUUAUGGGACAAUAAAAUGUUAUUAGGACUUUGGAGUGAUAUCUAAUUGUAGAAAUCUGUAAUGUAGCGACUACACUACAGAAACUGCGGAUAUCCAAUGUAAUCAAUUUUUGAGUACAUGUGUAAAUAAGGGAGUAGGGUGCAUUAGCAUAAGUGAACCAUGCACAUCAUAUUCAGGGUAUAAUAUUUCAGAGUGUUAAAGAUUUAAGGGAAAUAAUGUAAAAUGUUGGUGGAUUGGCGGUUCAAGUUGUGUUAAUAAAUAGUGUUCAUAAGAUAGCACUUCUACUACUGAUGAGGCUUGCAACAUAUUUCUGGCUGGUUGUGUAACCAAAGGUAAUGGAUGCAUUGAGAGAACUUAAUUAUGCACAGCAUAUGAGGGAAAUGAAAGUCAAUGUUAAUAAUUUAAGGGGAAUGAGUAACCCUGUGUUCGUAAAAAUUAUUGUAUGAAUAGAAGAUGUUCUGAUGUAAUUAAUCCAAUAAAUAAUGACAUUUGCAUCAACUAUUUAUCAACAUGUAGAUUUAAUGGUAAUGCAUGCAUAGAUGCAGAAUUGUAAUGUUAAUCUUAUUCUAAUUUAAAUUAUGCAAGAUGCCAAUAGAUUACUACCUUAUCAGGGGGAUUAUGUUAUUUAGCUAGUGGAAGUGGUAAUUGUUUGACAAGGACUUGUGCAUAACUGGGAUUAGCAAAUAAUCAAGCUGAUUGCGACCAAUUUUUACCUGGCUGUAUUUUUACAGGAGUCAAUUGUGUUGAGAAAUAGGCAACUUGUGAUUUAUAUAUUAAUUUUACAUCCAUAGCAUGUAGGAAUGCAAUUACUAUCACUUCUAUGAUGUGCUGGAAUAAAUCAAUUACUAAUGAUAACUGUUAAGCUAGAUCAUGUUCAGCCAUCACAACUUAGUUGAUUGAUCCUAAUGCGUUUUCAUCAGAAUUUUGUGAAAGCUUUUUAGAAUCAUGCAUAUAUGAUGGAACCUAAUGUGUCAAUAAACUUGGUGCCUGUGCUUCAUAUACAAAUUUUAGUGUGUAAGCUUGUAAAGCAGCUACCACAAUUUCAUCUGAGAAAUGUUGGUAAGAAAAUGCAAAUUCGACUACUUGUCAAAUUAGACAAUGCAAUGAUAGUGUGACUGCACCAAGUUUAGAUAACUGUACUUUACAUAAAGCUACAUGUAGAUACAAUGGAACAUCAUGUACAGACGCAUAGGGUGCUUGCAAUUUAUAUACAUUAUUUACUUAAAAUGCAUGCAGAGAAACUACGUUAUCCGAUGGGAUCACUAGAUGCUGGAGAACCUCAAGUGAUGUUGGAACUUGUGAAAGCAGAUUAUGCUCCAAUGUAUUAUUAUCUUAUUCAACUUCUGAAUGCAUAGAACAUAUGUAAACUUGUAGAUUCAAUGGAAACUAAUGCGUUGAUUAAAUGAAUGAUUGCACUCUAUACACCGGAUUCUCAUCUGAUGCUUGUAAAUCAGUAACCACAACAUCAGGUGUACUUUGUUGGUUUUCACUUAGUGUACCAGAUUAAUGUGCAGCAAGAACAUGUAAUGAUGCAGUAGAAAAUGCUAGUGCUUAGACUUGUGUAUCUCAUCUUUCCAGUUGUAGAUUCAAUGGAUUAAUCUGUGUAGAUAGUUAACCUUUUUGCACUUCAUACGCUGAUUUCACUCAAAAUGCUUGUUAAAAUACUACAACUUCAUCUGGAGUAAAAUGUUGGAAAUCUACACCUUCUGUUGGAACUUGUGAAACUAGAAGUUGUGACAAUAGUAUUCUUAAUCCUAACUACACUACUUGUUCUAGCCAUUUAUCUAUCUGCACAUAUGAUGGCUCUGGUUGUUACACUAUUAAAGAUACCUGUUCCAAAUACACCAAAGUAUCUGCCUCCUAAUGUUAAAAUCUAAGAACAAUCUCUGGAGGUAGAUGUUGGUUAUCUAAUAGCUAUGGAACUUGCGUUAUGAGAUAAUGUGUUCACAAUACUACUGCAAUGACAGAUUAAGAAUGCGAUGCAUUUCUAACUGGAUGCAAAACUACAGGAAGAGGAUGUGUCACUUCUACAACCUCUUGUUCAUUAUAUAUUGGAACCACCUCAAGUUGUCUUUCCUUUGUUGGAAAUUCCAUAAAAUGCAAAGGUGCGAAUUCAACUGGAUCUUGUGAACCCAAAAACUGUUAUGAUGAUAUGGAUAGUAUUACUGAUAUUUAGUGUGAUUAAUUUAUGCCUGGAUGUGUGACCAGAGGUAAAGGAUGCAUUGCAAAAAUAGAACCCUGUACAAGUUAUAUUGGUAAUUAAUCUACAUGCUCUUAAUUCAAGGGUAAUUCUAAAAAGUGUUGGAAUAAUACAGAUGCCACAUCUACUCAAUUAUGCCGAGACAGAUUGUGUUCAGAUGAUACUACAUCCAAUACUGAUGAUUUAUGUUAAGAAUUUCUAAUCGGCUGUGUGACCAAAGGUAGUGGGUGUAUUGAUGCAACAGCCAAAUGUUCAUAGUAUACAGGAACACAAACUGAAUGCAGUUAAUUUAAGGGAGAAAAUGGAACUAGAUAUUGUUGGAACUCUGACACAGCUACACAUUUGGUUGUUUGUGUCAAUAGAAUAUGCACUCACAAUUCAAGUUCAACUACUGAUCAAGAAUGUGAUGCUUUUCUUUAAGGAUGUGUAACUAAAGGAUAAGGCUGUGUAUCACCAUAACCAUGUUCCUCCUUUUCAGGUACUAUCACAUCAUGUGCAAUGUUUACUGCCACUGAUAAACCAUGUAAAGGCACAAGUUCAACAACUACCUCAUCCUGCGUUUCUAUUUAAUGUAACGAAGCUCCUAACAAUUAUGAUACUGAUGAAUUAUGUAACAAGUUCAAAGAAGGAUGUGUUACCAAUGGGUUUGGUUGUGCUGCAAAUGUUUAAUGCGAAGAGGUCUAAACAGAGAAUGUUUGUACAAGUAAACCUUCUUGUGCUUAUGUUGGUAAUUGCAGAGAUUUAUAAACUGAAUGCAGUAAUCUUAAAUCUUAAUCUAUUUGUGUUAAUACUCCUGUUAGUACUGCUGUUGGAUUUUGUGCAUGGGAGGUUGAUAAAGUAACUAAGGUUGGAUUUUGUAGAGAUUGGAAGUGUGAAGAUGCAAGUGAAAGUUUGACUACUCAUAAAGGUUGCAACGAUCUAUAUAAAUAGUGUACAACCAAAAGAAAUGGGUGUAUCCCUAUUAGUUCAUGCUCAUCCUAUACGACAGCUGCGAUUUGCUUUGUGGCUAAAACAACAGAUUAAGGAGGAGUUUGUAAAUGGAAUAAAACCUAUUGCAGAGAGUUGGAUUGUUCUGAUGCUAGUUAAUAUUUAACAACAGACAAAAAAUGCUAAGAAUUUCUUAGCAAAUGUGUUACUAAUGGUAAAGGAUGUAUUAAUGCAGAAUACAAAUGUGAAGAAAUCUUGAUAAAAGAAAAAUGCACUAUUGAUUACAAGGGUAGAACUUGCUUAUGGUUUUAAUCUCAGUGUAUUUAAUUCACUAGAUGCACUGAUAUAAAUGGAGAAUCAUAUGCUUAAUGUAAAAAAUAUUCCAAAAAUUGUACAAGCAAUGGGUAGAAUUGUAUUGCUAUUGCUCCAUGUGAAAAGUAUAUAAAUCCAACUAGUUGUCAAAUUGGUACAAAUGGUUAAUGUGGAUGGAUAGCUGCUACUUAAGAUAAGGCUGCCCAUUGUACACUAUUUAUUAAAUGCAUUAAUAGCACUGGAACAACAAAAGAAAUUUGCUAAUAAUAUUCAACAUCCUGUGUUUCUGAUGGAACUGGUUGCAUUGAAUAAACUACAUGUUCAUCCUACACUACAGAAAUAAGUUGUGCUUCUGUUGGCACUGACGGAGUAUGUUUUAUGGACAAUGGAAAAUGUAGACUACGGUAAUGUACAGAUGCUACAGUAGCAACAGCUAUUGAAAUUACAAGUCAUUCUAAGUGCAACGCAUUCUAAGCUGCUACUAAGUGUACAACAAAUGGAACAAAUUGCGUCAAAAUGGGCUUCUGCAAUUCGUACAAAGAGUAGGGAUGUUACUAUGGAACAGAUGGAGAGUGCAUUUACUCAUUCCCAUCUGGAUAAAUUUAAGGUACAAAGUCUUGUAGAGUCAAGGUUUGCUCUGACUUCAGUGAUGGGACAUCAGAAAUUUGUAAAUUGAGAAAUUCUAAAUGUAUAUCUAAUGGAACGUAUUGUAUAAACAAAAGUUAAUGUGUCUCAUACAAAACUAGAGUGGCUUGUAAUUCAGGAGGACUCGAUGGAGUCUGUGUUUUCACUUCCUCUAACAAUGAUCCAAACCAUGGAAGUUGUGCUUAAAUGAAGUCAUGUGAAUAAGCUAAUUCUGAUAUGGUGGCAUGUAAAUCAAAAUAUAAUGCGUGCCAGUUCUUAGUUUCCUCAGAGAGUGGAAUGAAUGUCACAUCUUGUAUUAGUCAUACAUGUGCAACUGUGGCAAAUGGAUCAAUUUGUAAACCAUUGUAUGGAUUUGAUGAAAAAUAAAUUACUAUUUGUGUACCCUCUGCUUCUGGGUGUAUCAUAGGUGAUUAAACUUAGUUGACAGCAUCAACUUGUUACGAUUAUAGUCUCAAAACAUACACUUGGAAUGGUGCGACAAAUCUCUGUGAAAUUUGUAAUUCUGAAUUAAUCCAACCUAACAACACUAACAAAACAAAUAGUACUGGGAUAGAUACUUUUGCAAAGAUUCUAUACGUAUUUCCAUUGAUUAUGUUCUAAUUUUGA